AUGACAGAUACAAAGGAAUCAUUUGUGAAAGAGAUCUGCACGUUUGAUUCAUCUAUGUUGCCUCAUUGCCGACCAAAACUUGAGCAGCAUUUACGGCGUUCUCGCUACGUAAGCAGCACAUGGAAUAAUGCAACUCAUGCAGCACCAACAAAUCUGGAACCGAGUAGUAUUGUUUGGUACAAACAGAAUAAUAUGCUGUCUUUUAAUUGGUUCGAAGGAGAACAAGUCCCAGCAGCCGUUGACGAGAUACAUACUUGGCACUCCCGCUGA